GUCCUAUAAGCAGUACCUCAGAACCUCUAUACUACCGGCGGCCACUAACAGCAUCACCCAGCAGCAAGCAAUCACAACAAGGAACAGCACGCUCUUUCCUCCCAUCUUCCCGUCCGUCUUGUCAAGGACUUCCACCACUUAGAUUCGACCAACGGCUCUUGACUACCAUUUCCUGAACACACAUGUAGAUCUCCAUAAACUCCCAUCCUUUUCUUCUUCCCCAUCACCAACGCCGUGACUGCAGCCACAAUGUCCGCAUUUCCUGCCAGAGGCUUUUCGUCCAUGGGCGCAAGCACCACGGGCCAGUCUCCCGCCCUGGUUGCCAGAGUCAACGAGAAGAAGGCCGAGCUGGAGAAUCUCAAGGAGCUGCGCGAUCUCAGUGCGGCAAUGGCAACGCAGAUGGAGGCACUCGCACAAAAGCUGGCUACUCUUUCCGAUGGAACAGAAGCCAUUGCCCUUGUUCUUAGCAAUUGGCAUAAUGUGCUGAGAGCUAUCAACAUGGCAUCUGCCAAAUUGCCCAAGCCAAGUGCAGGUGUCCAGGAGCCCUCAGAGGGAGAUCUUCCCCAGACUCUUGUUCGCAUCCCAACCGAACAUGCGCCUGCACUUCAAGCACAUGCAGAGGGAGCUGCAGAAGAAGAGUAAACCGGAGGAAGUGUCUGUCUUCCAGGUCACCUCGGUCAGCCAGGCUACACCAUUCA